ACAGAUUUACGCCACUCACACUGGGGGCAGAGCUAACGGGACGGCAGUGUUAGCCAAUAGCAAACCAGCGCUUAAGAGGCCAGGACACUGGGGUGGAGACUUGGUAGACUGCGGCGGCAGUUCUAAAAACAGGUGGAAUUGGCUAUGGAUAAUUCAUACAAUUGCAGUGAACGAAGUUCGUGUAAUGGAAUUUCAUCUGAGAGGAAAAACAACUUCCUUGUGUCAGAAGAUCAUGGGCAGAAAAUCCUAAGUGUUCUGCAGAAUUUUAGAGAACAAAAUGUCUUUUAUGAUUUCAAAAUAAUCGUGAAGGAUGAAGUAAUCCCAUGUCAUCGCUGUGUAUUAGCAGCAUGCAGUGACUUUUUCAGGGCUAUGUUUGAAGUAAAUAUGAAAGAAAGGGAUGACGGAAGUGUUACAAUUACUAAUUUAUCCUCUAAAGCAGUAAAAGCCUUUCUUGAUUAUGCCUACACUGGGAAAACAAAAAUAACAGAUGAUAAUGUAGAAAUGUUCUUCCAGUUGGCAUCGUUUCUUCAAGUUUCCUUCCUCUCCAAAGCUUGUGGUGACUUUUUAAUAAAAAGCAUUAAUCUCGUCAAUUGUUUACAUUUAUUAUCUCUGUCAGAUAGCUAUGGCUCUGCCCGUUUGUUUGAUCAUGCUUUAUACUUUGUACAGCACCAUUUUUCUUUGUUAUUCAAAUCAAGUGAUUUCUUAGAGAUGAAUUUCGGAGUCCUGCAAAAAUGUCUGGAAUCAGAUGAAUUAAAUGUUCCUGAAGAAGAAACAGUACUGAAGGUCGUCCUUAAUUGGAUUAAACAUAAUUUAGAAUCAAGGCAAAAACAUCUGCCCCAUUUAAUUCAAAAAGUAAGAUUGCACCAUUUAUCUGAGGACACCCUUCAAGACUAUCUACUCAGUGAAGAGUGUUUAUUUAAAAGCACUAACUGUUUCGACAUAAUGGUAGAUGCCAUUAAGUGUGUGCAAGUGUCUAGUGGCCUCUUCCCUGAUGCUCGGCCAUCCACAACUGAGAAAUAUAUAUUCAUCCACAAGACUGAGGAAAAUGGAGAAAAUCAGUAUACAUUCUGUUACAAUAUUAAAACGGACUCGUGGAAAAUCCUACCCCAAUCACAUCUGAUUGAUUUGCCUGGCUCUAGUCUAUCUAGUUAUGGAGAGAAAAUAUUCCUGACUGGUGGCUGCAAAGGGAAGUGCUGUAGAAAGGUCCGCCUUCAUAUUGCUGAGACUUACCACGAUGCCACCGAUCAGACCUGGUGCUACUGUCCAGUCAAAAAUGACUUCUUCUUGGUAUCAACCAUGAAAACACCAAGAACCAUGCAUACAUCAGUUAUGGCUCUCAAUAGGUUAUUUGUCAUAGGUGGAAAGACUAGAGGAUCUCAGGAUACUAAAAGUCUCUUAGAUGUUGAAUCUUACAACCCUCUCUCCAAAGAAUGGACAUCUGUGAGCCCGUUACCCAGAGGCAUCUACUACCCAGAAGCAAGUGCAUGCCAAAAUGUAAUUUAUGUUCUUGGAUCAGAAGUAGAGAUUGCAGAUGCAUUUAACCCAUCACUUGAUUGCUUUUUUAAAUACAAUGCCACAACUGAUCAGUGGUCUGAGCUAGUAGCAGAGUUUGGGCAGUUUUUUCAUGCUACUCUCAUUAAAGCUGUCCCCGUGAAUUGUACGCUAUACAUAUGCGACCUUUCCACAUAUAAAGUUUACAGUUUUUGUCCAGAUACUUGUGUUUGGAAAGGUGAAGGGUCUUUUGAAUGUGCAGGUUUUAAUGCAGGUGCAAUUGGAAUUGAAGAUAAGAUUUAUAUUCUGGGUGGGGAUUAUGCACCCGAUGAAAUCACAGAUGAAGUCCAGGUCUACCACAGCAGCAGGUCUGAGUGGCAGGAAGUGUCACCAAUGCCCAGAGCCUUAACUGAGUUUUACUGCCAGGUGAUUCAAUUCAAUAAAUACAGGGACCCAUGGUUUUCUAAUCAUUUCUAAAGGUAGUAUGUUCUCACAUACUCUAAAUUUUUUCCAGUUCUAGUAACCUACAGGUAAAUUUAUUUAUCAUAAGGACUGGCAAAACAGGUCUUUACAUCUUAAUACUCCUGCUAUAAGAGAAUGGUUAUGUAUGUAUGCUAUCUAUGAAUAAAGAGUUCCCGAAAAUUUUAAGUGCAAAAGACAUUGUACCAAAAAUUAGAUUCAGAAUACUUAGCAUUUUCAAAUGUAAGUAAAAGUUACAGGCUUAUGAUGCUUUGUUUUUUUUUUAUAGAGAGAGAGUAUUUUAAUCAUGAAAAGUAGUAACAAAUCAGUUCAUGGGUCUGUGCAGUUUAGGUAGAGGAAGCUCCUUAUAAUAGCAAAAAGAUAAUUGUGAAAGUAAAAGAGAAAAGUCUAUUAUGUGAGAGGUAAUUUAGAAAAUGAGAGUAGUUGAAUUCCUUUUACCUUUUUUCAGGUCAUUCCUUUUAUUUUUUUGUCAGAAUUUUUAUCAAAAUAUAUUUUCCUAUCCUUCUAAACAGUACAAUAAACUUUGUGUGUGUGAAAGAGAUAGAGAGGUUGAGAUUCACCUCUUCUUUAAUACAAUAGUGUACCAGGGCUGGAGUUGUGGCCUAACUGGCAAAGCCCUUUUCUGGCAAGCACAAGUCCCUGAGUUAAUCUUCAGAAUUAGGGGGUGGAAGGUGGGAGAAAGAACAAGAAUUUGUACUAGUAUAGUAACACAUUAUUGGUAAUUUCUUAUGUAUUUUUAAAUUCCUGAUUUUAUUAGCUUUGAUAUCAAAUGGUUACCAUUUUAGCAGUGUUGUAUUUCUCUUAUUCUCUGAUUCAACAUUCUUGAUUUAAGUAGUAGUUCUAAGUUACGUGAAGCCUGAGUUUAUCAUAACAUAUAACCCAUAAGUGAUAGUCUUGGAUUGUAGGAAGAAAAUACCAUUUCUGAAUAUAAUUGGGAAUAUGGAAAUUUGAAUUGCGUAUUCCUGGAUCAUUAUUCUAUAUAUUUACUUCCUCUUUUUAAAGUGCUAGGAUUUGAAUUCAGAGUGUCCUGCUUAUUAGACAGGCACUCUUUUUUUUUUUUGCAUUAGUUACUUUUUGAAUAAAGUCUUGACAUUUCUUGCCUACAGGUAAGCCUCAAACUGAUCCUACAGAUCAAUCAUCACCUCCCAAGUAGCAGGAAUUACAGGUGUGAGCCAUCAUGCCCAGCCUUGCACUUCUUAAUCUUUAUACAAAUUUGAGCUAAAGUAAGAAAGUUCAUGAUUUAAUUAGUAUCAAUUUUCAGUAACAACAUACUGUAAAGCACCAUGUUGGUUUAUUACUUAAGUAAAUUACUCAUGGUAAAUUACUUUCUAAAUUAAAAUGGCUUGGCUUUUGGUAUUGAUAGCAGAACUUAAAACCUACAUUGUAAACAAUAAAAGAAUUAUCAUCUUUCCCCCUUGUUCUUAGCUAGAAGAGGAAUGUUUUCUUUAUCCAGCUCAAAAGAUGCAGAUGUUUUAGGUUUUAAGAUCCCUGAUUUCCAUCUCUGGGUAAUAUGUAGAUUUUAUUUCUCUGGUGCCUCACUGUGUAAGCAGUGCUAAUAUGUAGUAAAGGUAAAAGUAGGCAUUUACCUAAAUGAAAUGCCUUUUAACAUAUAAAUAUAUGCAAAUGAUAAACUUCAAAUAUAUUUUUCAAAUCGCAGUUAUAAAGAGUACAUUUUCAUGCAGCUCCAAAAUCAAGGGCAGUCUCAAAUGAGAUGGCAGUCACAUGAAAAGUAGUCUGUAGAAUUGACUGGCCUUUCUGUGUAAGCACAUGUUUAUUUAGGAAAGAGAAUAUCCAUUGAUGGCAUCUCAGUGUGUAUGUGUGGCACCGAAUGCAAAUUAUGUGGCACUGAUCAUUACAGUGUACAUAGUCUGUAUGUAGAAUUAUGGAACUGCUAACCAUAGUUUGAUAAAGUAUAUAUAAAAUAAAUGGUAUUGUCACUCACUCUAGAAACUCCAUCUCUUCUCAAAAGGAUAAAAUAAGGCAAAACUGAACCCUUUCUUCAUACCCUUAUGAUACCAUCUUGAUGUCUACCAUGUUCCUCAUUGGCUGUUGAUUGAUGUUAAUGUUUCUAGAAGUAUCUUUAUCAAAGCCUAGGUGACUCCUACAAGUGAUUUAAUACAUUUUUUUGUUGGUUUUCUGCCUUGGUUGAUACCGUAGCUAUGGAUUGCUGUUUAGUCAUUUUCACUUACUGCUAUCUCUGUAUCCACAUCUUUACACUCUUCUCCAUGAGAAAAUACUCUAUCAAAGGCAUAGAACUCCAGACUCUCCUUUAUAUCUUUUUCUUUAGCCCCUUUCACCCAAAGCAGUCAAUACUGGGUGUGGCUCUACUAACUGAUCUCUCAUUUUCCAUGUCUUCACAGCACUUUUAUUUGCUCUGUUGGCUUUAUUGAAAAACAGUUCCAGUUUGGAAUUCUCAUGGAACCCAAUUACAGAGUGUCUAACUACACUGGCUAUACCUUUGGCCUUGCCAGUCAUUGGGGCCUCGGUCUUCAGUAUGGAUUUCUGAUGUGCAAAUCUUAAAUCUUAAUGAUUCCUGAAGCCUAUUUUUUUCUUUUUGUAUGUAAGGUUAGUAAGAGAAAGUGGCAUUCCAUUAUGACCUCUUCCCUUCUUUUUUAAAUUUUC